CCUGCACUCCAUCGUCUCUCUCUCUCAAAGAAAAGAUUGCAUGUGUAGGAAAGCAAUAAUCUGCAAUUCCAAAGGCGAGCGUGCAGGGAAGCUAAAUUAUAGAAAAGGUGAAAGACAUUUUGGGUUUUGUAAAACAAAGAAGAACCAUGCUAUGGAUUCAUACAAGGGGUGCUCCCUUUCUGAUUCGUGAACCGUUGGAUGAUGUUUCGACGGCCGUGAUCCCAUUUUCAGUGUAUUUGAGCUUUCCCAAAAAGAGAACCUCAAACUCUCAAAGGGCUCCCCCCACCACUCCCACACUUCCAGUUUUCCUUCCCUCUCUCUCUCUUCCUCUGGUUUGUUCAUGGCGGUUCUGAAGCAUCACUCUCUCAACAUUUCUGUAGUCUUCUUCUUCUUCUUCUUCUUCUUCUUCAUGGGUUUGUUUUAUGUUGGUCUCUCGGAGUCCAUGUCCUCUGCUUCAGAUGUUGAUCUUAUCUUGGGGGAGAUCAAAGCUUCGCUGCGGGGAAACUCAGAGAAUCUCCUGCUAACGUCAUGGAACUCCUCUGUUCCUCUCUGCCAAUGGCGAGGACUCAAAUGGGCUUUCUCCAAUGGUUCUCCUCUCCUCUGCAACGACCUCUCUUCUCCUCAGUGGACCAACCUGUCCCUUUACAGAGACCCCUCGCUUCAUCUUCUCUCUGUACAGCUCCCAUCUGCGAACCUCACUGGAACAAUUCCGAGAGAACUGAGUGAGCUCUCCACACUUCAAAGCCUUUAUUUGGGCGUCAACUCGUUGUCUGGUACUGUACCACUUGAGCUUGGGUACAGCUCUUCUCUCUCUGAUAUUGAUUUGGGUCACAAUUUGUUGACUGGGUCCUUUCCGCCAUCGCUUUGGAAUCUCUGCGAUGGGCUCGUCUCGCUUCGGCUUCACGGUAAUUCUCUAUCUGGGACUCUUCCUGAGCCUGCAUUACCUAACUCUACUUGCAAGAAUUUGCAGGUUCUUGAUUUGGGUACGAACAAAUUCUCCGGGGAGUUUCCUGAAUUUAUAACUAGGCUUAGUACUCUCAACGAACUUGAUCUUAGUGACAAUAUGUUUGUGGGUUCAAUUCCAGAGGGUUUGGCUGGUUUAAAACUUGAGAAAUUGAACCUUUCUCACAAUAAUUUUAGUGGAGAGUUGCUGGGUUUUGGUGAAUCGAGGUAUGGCGUGGAGGUUUUUGAAGGAAACAAUCCUGAACUUUGUGGGUCUCCUUUGGGGAGUUGCAGGAGAAGCUCUGGAUUGAGCUCUGGUGCCAUUGCGGGUAUUGUGAUCAGUUUGAUGACAGGAGCGGUGGUUUUGGUGUCGUUGUUGAUUGGGUAUGUGCAGGGAAAGAAGAGGAAGGACAGCGAAGAAAAUGAAGAUGAAUUGGACGAUGUAGAAGAUGAUGAAAAUGGUGGUGGAGCUGGUGAGGGAAAGCUUAUAUUGUUUCAGGGUGGGGAGCAUUUGACUUUGGAAGAUGUUUUGAAUGCAACAGGACAAGUUAUGGAGAAGACGAACUAUGGAACAGUUUAUAAGGCAAAGCUUUCUGAUGGUGGAAAUAUUGCUUUGAGGUUGCUUAGAGAAGGUAGUUGCAAGGACAGGAGUUCGUGUUUACCAGUGGUAAAGCAGCUGGGCAGGAUUCGCCAUGAAAAUUUGAUCUCGUUGAGAGCCUUCUAUCAGGGGAAAAGAGGGGAGAAGCUCCUUAUUUAUGACUAUCUUCCUAACAAAUCCCUCCAUGAUCUUUUACACGAAACUAAAGGAGGAAAGCCAAUGCUGAACUGGGCUCGUCGACACAAGAUUGCAUUAGGUGUUGCCAGAGGACUUGCAUUUCUUCAUGCAGGGCUUGAAACGCCAAUUAUUCAUGGGAAUGUGAGAUCAAGAAAUGUACUUGUGGAUGAAUUUUUUGCAGCCAGGCUGACCGAGUUUGGGCUUGACAAGCUAGUCGUUCCAGCUAUCGCUGAUGAAAUGGUGGCACUUGCAAAAACGGAUGGCUACAAGGCACCAGAGCUUCAAAAGAUGAAGAAAUGCAGCUCCCGGACAGAUGUUUAUGCAUUUGGGAUACUGUUGUUGGAGAUUUUAAUUGGGAAGAAACCUGGAAAGAAUGGGAGAGGAAGUGAUUUUGUGGAUUUGCCUUCAAUGGUGAAAGUGGCCGUUUUGGAGGAGACAACAAUGGAGGUUUUUGAUGUGGAGGUAUUGAAGGGAAUAAGGAGUCCGAUGGAAGAUGGGUUAGUGCAGGCGUUGAAGCUAGCAAUGGGUUGCUGUGCUCCAGUGGCUUCAGUUAGACCCACCAUGGAUGAGGUUGUGAAGCAGUUGGAGGAGAAUAGACCAAGGAACAGAUCUGCUUUGUAUAGCCCAACUGAAACAAGAAGUGAAAUUGGUACCCCUUUUUGAGCUUUCUUUUCCGCAUUUGCAUCAGAUUAUGAGUCAGUUGUGUCUCUUUCUUGUUAAAGAGGAGAAUUGUAGUGAAUGUUGAUAAUGUUCAUUUGAAUGAAUGUUGUAUUUCCAAGGAUGGGAAUCAAUUCUAUUUGUAAA